GGGAUGGAGCCCGGAGCUCGCCCGCUGCUCGCCCUCUGCCUCGCCAGCUGCCUCCUGGCCCCAGGCUGCCGGGGGGCGCAGGGCAGGUUCGCCUACAAGCUGCUCCACGACCUCUUCGCCAACUAUUCCAGUGCCCUGCGCCCCGUGGAGGACACGGACCGGGCGCUCAACGUCACCCUCCAGAUCACCCUCUCCCAGAUUAUCGACAUGGACGAGAGGAACCAGGUCCUCACCUCCUACCUGUGGGUCCGCCAGGCCUGGCUGGACGCCCACCUCACCUGGGACAAGGAUGCCUACGAUGGCAUCGACAGCAUCCGCAUCCCCAGCAGCUACGUCUGGCGGCCGGACAUCAUCCUCUACAACAACGCCGACGACCACUUCGGCGGCUCGAUGGAGACCAACGUGGUGCUGCGCUCCGACGGGCACAUCAUGUGGGACUCGCCCGCCAUCACCAAGAGCUCCUGCAAGGUGGACGUCUCCUACUUCCCCUUCGACGGGCAGCGGUGCCGCCUCACCUUCGGCUCCUGGACCUACAACGGGAACCAGAUCGACCUCCGCAACCGGCUGGACACCGGGGACCUGACGGACUUUGUGGAGAACGUGGAGUGGGAAGUGCUGGGCAUGCCGGCCACGAGGAACGUCAUCACCUAUGGCUGCUGCUCCGAGCCCUACCCCGACGUCACCUACACCCUGCUCCUCCGCCGCCGCGCCUCCUUCUACAUCUUCAACCUGCUCCUGCCCUGCAUCAUGGUCUCCUUCCUGGCACCUCUCGGCUUCUACCUGCCGGCCGACUCGGGGGAGAAGGUCUCGCUGGGGGUGACGGUGCUGCUGGCCCUCACCGUCUUCCAGCUGCUGGUGGCAGAGAGCAUGCCCCCCUCGGAGAGCGUCCCGCUCAUCGGGAAGUACUACAUCGCCACCAUGACCAUGAUCACGGCCUCCACUGCGCUGACCAUCUUCAUCAUGAAUGUCCACCACUGCGGCCCGGGGGCCCGACCCGUGCCCCCCUGGGCCAGGCGGCUCAUCCUCCACCACAUGGCCCGGCUCUGCUGCGUCUACGAGGUGGGCGAGAGCUGCAAGAGCCCUCCGCGGGCGCCGGGCGGGCGGGCGGGCAGCGGGGACGCUGGGGGGCCGGGGGAGAGCCCCGGGAAGGGGGAGGUGGGCACCGAGGCAGGGGGCUGCCCCCGGGACCGCUGUCUGUGCCACCACGACGGCUUGCUGAGGAACGUCGGCUACAUCGCCGGCUGCUUCCGGCACCACCGAGCCACCCAGCGCCGGACCAGCGAGUGGAAGAAGGUGGCCAAGGUGAUGGACCGAUUCUUCAUGUGGGUCUUCUUCCUCAUGGUCUUCCUCAUGAGCGUGCUGGUCCUGGGCAAAGCUGCCUGAUGGCCCCGCGCACCCACCCCCCCGAUGCACCCCCUGCCCACGACCGCCCCCGAGGACGGUGGUGGCCGCGGGUGCCCCAUGAAGGUGGCUCGUCCCGAGCACCCCCUGGCCACCCACGGAGCUGCGGGUGGGAGGUCCACCAGAAUCAGGGGAGAGGAGCCCAACAGUGGGACCCCCAUCCCGGCCGGGGCCGCCCCGGCUGCAGGGCUGAGGGGUCCCAGCCCCCCAGGUGGAUGCGCCAGGGCAUGCACCCGCAUCCUCCCAUUGCACCCUGCACCCAAAAAAUCCAACACAAUGGAAAUAAACCCUGGAGCGUGUGUCUUCCCUCCCCUGCCUGGUGGCUGCGGGGGGGUCCUGGGGCCUCAAUGCCCCGGGGAGGGCUGCAGCACUGGCACCAGCACCAGCUGGUGUGGGCUGGGGCUGUGCACGGAGUGGGCAGCAAAGAGGUGUGGGACCCUCAGGGACCCUUCUCUCCAUGGGGCCAUGCCUGGUCCUCGCAGCCUCAUCCCGAGCUCCACAGUGGAGGGAGGGCUGGGCAGAGCCUUUCCCUGCAUGGAUGCGUAUGUAUAGAUAGAUAUACAGACAUAAAGUUGUCCACAGACACACAUACAUACCCCGAUGUUGGCAUCGCUGUCUGGCAGGGCCCUGGUCCCCGAGCCACCCCAGUCCCCCAGUUAUCGGUGCUGCUCGGGGGUCUCGCAUCACCCCGAAACCGCCCACAAAACCCCACAGUGCCCUGAGCUGUGGCCACCGCUCC